GGCGUAGCAAUUUUACGCAGAAUGAGCCGACCCGACCGGUGAAACUGGCAGUGCCGUGCCGGGUGUCGGAUGGUGCAUGACAAGCAAGUAGGCUAUCCUGUCUGGAAUUAUAUUACUUUACGACGUUCAUUAUACGAGAAACAUAUAGGCUACAUUGUGUCGUCGAUAAGUCUUAUGAGCCCCUUUCCUUUGAAAUUCGGACGAAAAUAUAGCUAUGAUGCCGCGGAGAUAUUCGGACAGAGGAGAUGCCGGUGUUAUUUGUUACAUUUAGCUUAAAUUAACCGAAGUAUUACAUUUUCCUCAAUUUGCCAACACCACAUUCCGUUCCACUGGGCGACAGUAACUGUACAAUAAUGCGACAGGCGUUUUUGAGGCAGGUCCGUCGGUUUCCGUGGGUCACCAACGUUACACUGUACGGUUGUCUGUUCGCUGGAGGGGACUUCGUCCACCAGUCGUUCUCGCGAGGGGAACAAAUGGACUGGAGACACACACGGAACGUCGCCUUGGUCGCGUUCAGUUUCCAUGGGAACUUCAAUUUCUUCUGGAUGCGGUUCCUGGAGCGGAGGUUUCCCGGGAAUUCCGUCCGGAUGGUGAUGAGGAAGCUUCUCCUGGACCAGACCACAGCGUCACCCCUGGCUACCAGUGUCUUCUACACAGGUGUCAGCAUUUUGGAGGGCAAAGACGACAUCUUUGAAGACUGGAGAGAAAAGUUCCUGAAUACAUAUAAGACGGGGCUAAUGUUCUGGCCAUUUAUGCAGUUUCUAAACUUUGCCUUGGUGCCUCUGUACAUGCGGACCGCCUUCACCGGCUGCUGUGCCUUCGUUUGGGCCACCUUCCUUUGCUUCUCGCGUCAGAGCGGCGAUGGCACGGCCGGUGCUGCUCUGGCGUGGAUGUUCCCUCCUAAACAGGACGAAGCAGAAUCCACAAAUGAGAAGGUGGACUCCAAGGAAAAGAGGGAAUAGUAAACCUACUCCGAUCCAAAGUAUGUAGAAUCAGUGGUUGUGAUGGAGGGGGACAAAACGGAAACGGAAAAAGCAGCGAUCUUUAGUGGAGAUAGCAGUUUCAGUGGAUGGCAGUCCUGUCUGCGGUUGAUGUUGCACUAUCACUGCCAGGGUUUGAGUUCAAAGUCACACUGGGGUUAAACUAAAAAAAAAAAGUGCGUUCUCAUGACCUCAUGGUGCUUUGAAACAGCAUCCAGCAAAUGGAAUGUGUAGUAUAUUUUUCAGUAUGCAUACAGCACAUCACCUCAGUGGGAAAAUGUAAUUCAGUCCUACUUUUCAAUCCCACAGUGAACCAUCAUGGUGCUAUAUUUGUCGUCAGGUUUUGUUUUUAUAAAUGCAGUCUUGUGUUCUCACAUUACAAACAAGAGAGUUCCCUUAUUCUAUUGGACCAUGCUAAAUGAUAUUGGAAUUAUUUAUGAGGACUUUUAUGUCUGGAAAGGAACCAUAGAAUUAAAAUGUUAUUGAUUUUAUUUCUAUGAUGGGAACGUGUAAAGUUUCUGCUUUACAUCUAAAAACUGAACUAAGACGUAUCUGCGACUGGAACAGAGUGCCUGAUCUCUAAGGACUUUCUGCUUUGGUUCCUGUUCACACUCUGGUACAAGAAGUGCACAUGCACACAGGGACCAAUAAUCCGUUAUAUAUACAGUAUAUAAAAAACACCUAAAAACACUAAAACAUAUCCGAAAAUAUAUUUUUCAUCUCGUAUUUUCAACCAUUGUUCCUUAAUAUUUAAAUGUUGUGGCAAUGAGAUACUGCUGAAGAUUACUCUGAGUUUGUAUGUUAAUGAUUGAUGAAGGUUGUCUCAAACAUCCAUUUACUUGAAUGUGGAAAUGCUGCCUGCCUGCUGUCGUACUUUAUGUCAGUGUGAUACUGUGGAGUGCUCUCUAUUAUAUCUCUUUGCACCAUUUCCUAAUUUUUCAACAUUGAUUGCUGUUUUAUCCAUUUUUUUUUCAUUUUUAAUUUGACCUCUUAGUGUAAAUGUUACUUUAAAGGUUACCUCGCCUGCAAUGAUUCUUGAACGUCAGAUGCCUCUGCCAAGCCGUUUUCUAUAGAGGUAAUUUUUAAAAAUAGCUCAGUAUAAGAGCUGACUGCCAUUCCUAUACUAUAUAGAAUUUAAAAGGUUCCAGGCAAACUUCUUUUCUUUUGAUCCCUUUAAUCAGACAUCUUUUAAAUUGCAUCCUUAAUUAUAAUAACUUAUUAUUAGUAUAGUAUUAGAAUGUGUGUUUCUAAUUAUUAUUUGUAUGCUGAUGUGCUACACUGGAACUCAAAGAUCAAAUCAAUGAAUAUUCCCUUUGUUCAUUCCAGCAACUGAAGACUGGGUGAUAUUAAUAACGCAUUCAAAGAUUUGUACACUACUUUAUUUUUUUGAAUGGUUUUGAUAUCACAAAGAACAACUAUUUUAACAGUGUCGUUGACUGUAACGUAUUGAAAAAAAAAUGAUUUGAUGACAUUUUGCACGGAAGUUACACUGAUUGUGGUAGAGAUAAAUCAUAUUUAUUGUUGAAUAAAU